AUGACCCAUUCCAUGCCUGACAUUAGUCCGGCCAAUGCGAUGAUGCAGAAACGUAAUGAUUGUCACAAUUUGGUACAGACUUUUCUCGCGGACUGCUUCCCAUCACAACGAUCCUCCCUGUCUCCUAGAUCGUGGAUUACAUUGCUGGUUACGCUGCCAACGGAAGUCAAAGCUCUGCAGCUCUCAAGUGCAGCAGUUGCAGCAUCGGCAAUCGGCCGAAAGUUUCACAAUACCGCAUUAGUCAGGAACAGCCACAACCUCUAUAUCCAAGGUCUUCGACAUUUACAACACGCUUUGCAAGAUCGCGCUCUUGUGCGAGAUGACGGGACGCUUGCCGCGUGUAUGGCUUUAAGUCUUUACGAGGCCAUGGAAUGUCCGAGCGGCGGAUCUGGGGCUUAUUUCAGCCACUGUGAGGGGAUUAUGGCAUUGGUCCAGGCUCGUGGCGUCGAAGCCCACUCUUCGGGCGCUGGUCACCAGUUGUUCCUUGGUGUCCGGAUUCCAGCUAUAUUGUACGCUUUGGAGAGCCACUCUUUAAGCUUUAUCUCCAGUUCUGCAUGGAUGAACUAUCCCUGGGAAGGGAAGCUUAAGAACCCUUUCACUCAGAUAGUGGAUUGUCUGGCACACGCCCCAGGCAUUCUCCAGCGGGUCCAUUUGCUGGCCGGGCUUGAUCGGCAAGAGCAAGUCGAUAUGUGUGAUACAUUAAUCAAUGAGUGUUGGCACAUUGAUGAGAGGUUGGACGUGAUAUCAGACAAGAUGCAACAGGCCAGUCCAGAUCCACUAUACUGGCCUGUUGAUUCUCGAAUGAACCUUUUAUCCCAUUCCAAGGACCCGAGAACGCCUUUCCCGGCUCUAUUUCGUUUUGUGGACCUCGAAACUGCCAACUCACUUAUACUACUCUGGGCGAUACGGGUUAUGCUCUGGUCAGGCCGUUGCAAUCUAUACAGAUUGAUGGAUUCCGACUAUCCAAUUCCUGAUCCUAUCACGAUACAGAUAGUCUCAUCUCCUUCGAGGUCCAGAAAAUCACUUCCUCCCCUUGGUCACCGAAGAGAUUAUGUUUCUAUGGUGCACCACGUCUGCCAAUCAGUUGAAUACAUCUUAGGAGAGGAGAUGCUACUAGCCGGGCCAUUAUCGGUGACACCGGCUCUUGGUAUUGUGCUUGAAUCUGUCAGAGGUGAAACCAGUUGUUAUAGGGAAGUUGCGUGGUUACGAGCAGCCAUCGAUGUUGCUCGACAGCGAGGGCUUGGUCUUCUACAACACGCACGAUAA